GCCCAGCCUCUGCCAGCAGGAAAUUGCACAAUCCACACGCCGCAGACGUGAGCUUCAAAGGUUUUGCUGGCGUGCAAGAGAGUUGGAGGGACCCCGUGGAAAGAAUUCCAAAGAAUCAGCACCUCUAUCAAUCGAGGCGCAUUGCAUCAAUUGCAUGCACGUAUCAACAUCUUGCUGGCGGCCCGCCAAAAAACACCAAUGCGAGUGGCUGUUUUUUCGGUUCAGAGGCGUCAGAAUGCUGCUAGGUGUUGGCCUGAAGCAGCCUAGGACUGGUGCCUACUACGAGAAUUGAGUAUGAGGUAGAUGCUUUUUACAACGCCUUGACAGCAGAGGGCGUUGACUGCCGCGUAGCAAUAGGGUUUUUGUCUCGGGUAAUCAUGGUCGACAAACUUUUAGAUUUCACCCAGCCUUUUGACGUGCCGCUUCUGGACGCGACAGUCCAAGCAUUCUACGGCACGGGGUCGAAGGAAGAGAGAUCUGCAGCGGAACGGGUUCUACGACAGUUGCAGGAGCACCCGGAUACAUGGACCCGGGUGGUGGAUAUCUUGCAAAAGAGCCAGGUCAUCGACUCAAAGUUCUUCGCACUCCAGGUGCUCGAGGGAGUCAUCAAGUUCAGAUGGAACGCUCUGCCGGUGGAACAGAGGGACGGGAUAAAGAACUAUGUGUCAGAGCUCAUAGUGCAGUUGUCACGAGAAGAGCCCACAUAUCGAAGGGAGCGGCUCUACAUCAACAAACUGAACAUCAUACUCGUCCAGGUCUUGAAGCAUGAGUGGCCGUCUAAAUGGCCGCAGUUCAUCCCCGACCUAGUGGCCGCUGCGAAGAGCAGCGAGACCCUUUGCGAGAAUUGCAUGGUCAUCCUGAAGCUUCUGAGCGAGGAGGUCUUCGACUUUUCGCGAGGGGAGCUUACGCAACUCAAAAUCAAGGAGCUCAAGAACUCGCUCAACAGCGAGUUCCAGCGCAUCCACGAGCUGUGCAUGUACGUGCUGUCGGCGUCCACCCGGCCGGAGCUCAUCCGGGCGACCCUCGCAACGCUGCACGCCUUCCUCUCCUGGAUCCCGCUCGGCUACAUCUUCGAGUCGAACCUGCUGGAGAUCCUCCUGAAGCUGUUCCCUGCACCCCCCUUUAGAAACCUCACUCUGCAGUGCCUCUCCGAGGUGGCGGCCCUGAGUGUGGGCGACUACUACAACGAGCACUUCGUGAAGCUAUACACCAUUUUCAUGGCGCAGCUCCAAGGCAUCCUGCCCCCCGGGACCGAUAUCCCAGCUGCAUACGCCGCUGGCACGGACGAUGAGCAGGCCUUCAUCCAGAACCUCGCUCUCUUCUUGACCGGCUACUUCAAGUCUCACGUCGCUGUCCUGGAGGUGAACCCCGAGACGAAGCCAGGCCUCCUCUUGGGCCUCGACUACCUGCUCAGCAUCUCAUACGUGGAAGACGUGGAGGUCUUCAAGGUGUGCCUCGACUACUGGAACAUCCUGGUGUCAGACCUCUUCCAAACGGAAGCCAAUGCGGAGCCGGCCGCGGCGCCGCUGGGCCUGCACAUCCCGGCGGCCAAUGGUGCGGGGGGGCAGACGUCGGAGCGCAAAAAGCUGUACUCAGUCCCAAUGUCGAAGCUGCGGCUGUUGUUCAUCAGCCGUAUGGCCAAGCCGGAAGAGGUGCUGAUUGUGGAGGACGAGAACGGGAACAUUGUGCGCGAGACGAUGAAGGACAACGACGUGCUGGUGCAGUACAAGAUUAUGAGGGAGACGCUUAUCUACCUCUCGCAUCUUGACCACGAGGACACGGAGCAACAGAUGCUGAAGAAGCUGGCCCUGCAACUGAACGGCAAGGAGUGGUCCUGGAACAACCUCAACACGCUCUGCUGGGCCAUCGGAUCCAUCUCGGGGUCCAUGCAAGAAGACCAGGAGAACCGGUUCCUGGUGACCGUCAUUCGAGACCUCCUCAGCCUGGUGGAAAUCACCCGGGGCAAGGCCCACAAGGCCGUCAUCGCCAGCAACAUCAUGUACGUGGUGGGCCAGUACCCCCGCUUCCUGCGCGCCCACUGGAAGUUCCUCAAGACGGUCGUCAACAAGCUCUUCGAGUUCAUGCAUGAAACGCACCCCGGAGUGCAGGACAUGGCAUGCGAGACGUUUCUGAAGAUUGUCCAGAAGUGCCGACGAAAGUUCGUCAUACAACAAGUGGGUGAAGCCGAGCCGUUCAUCUGCGAGCUGCUGCGCGGGCUGGCGACGACCAUUCUGGACCUUCAGCCGCACCAAAUACACAUGUUCUACGAGUCGGUGGGAUACAUGAUCCAAGCGGAAACUGAAAAGCAGAAACAGAUUGAGUACCUACAGAAGCUCAUGGAGCUACCAAACGCGCGGUGGAACGAGAUCAUGGCGCAGGCGCAGCAGAGCGUGGACACGCUGAAGAACCCCGAGACGGCGCGCGCGAUCCUGAACAUUCUGCAGCCCAACGUGAGCGUGGCCAGCGCGCUCGGGCAGCCCUUCAUCAGCCAGCUCUCCGGCAUCUACCUCAACAUGCUCAACAUCUACAGAAUGUAUAGCGAGAUCAUCUCCAGCAGCAUCGCGGAAGGAGGCCCUUACGCUUCCAAGACAUCCGUGGUCAAGCUCCUCCGGUCCGUGAAGCGCGAGACGCUGCGGCUGAUAGAGACGUUCGUGGAGAAGGCGGAGGACACGGAAAUCAUCGCCAAGCAAUUUGUGCCUGCCAUGCUAGACCCCAUCCUAGGGGACUACGCGCGCAACGUGCCGGACGCACGGGAAUCGGAAGUGCUGUCCCUAUUCGCCGCCAUCAUAAAUAAAUUGAAGGAAGCCAUGCUGGACGAGGUGCCCCGGAUCUUCGAGGCCGUCUUCGAGUGCACGCUGGAUAUGAUCACCAAGAACUUCGAGGACUACCCCGACCACCGGCUCAAGUUCUUCUCGCUGCUGCGCGCCAUCAACAGCCACUGCUUCCGGGCGCUCUUCAGCCUCUCCAACCAACAACUGAAGCUGGUGAUGGAUUCCAUCGUGUGGGCGUUCCGGCACACGGAGCGCAACGUGGCGGAGACGGGGCUCAACCUGCUGCUGGAGAUGCUGGGCAACUUCCAGGGGUCGGAGUUCGUGAACGCGUUCCACCAGACGUACUUCCUCACGAUUUUGCAAGAGAUCUUUGCGGUCCUCACCGACACCUUCCACAAGCCCGGCUUCAAGCUGCACACCGCCAUCCUGCAGCACCUCUUCUGCCUCGUGGACUCGGGCACUUUGACGGCCCCUCUGUGGGACGUGUCCACGCUCGGCCCUGCCGCAUACCCCAACAACCCGGCGUUCGUCCGAGACUAUACCAUCAAGCUGCUGAGCACGUCCUUCCCGAAUUUGGCAAGCGCGGAGGUGGCGGCGUUCGUGAGCGGGCUGUUUGAGUUCAAGAACGACACGACGGCGUUCAAGAACCACCUGCGCGACUUCCUGGUCCAGUCUAAGGGCUUCUCCUCCCAGGACAACAAGGACCUGUACGCGGAAGAGGCGGCCGCGCAGCGCGAGGCCGAGCGCCAGAGGAUGCUCAGCAUCCCGGGACUGAUCGCGCCAAACGAAAUUCAAGACGACGGGAUGAAGGAUUGAGGACGGGGAGGUGCGGCGAGAUUUUGUGGGUAUUGGAAGAGAGUGGUUGUUGCAGGGGGACGGUGGUUACUGGUGUCAAACUGUUAAACGAGAAUGUGGUGCUGUAUACUUGGUCGGGGAGUUUAUGAUACGAGGAGGCCUUGCCGUGAAGUUCGAGCCGGUGAAGCAUGUUCUGAGGUCCUAACUUCGAGGGCUGCUCAUCAGUUUUUAUGAGUUCGUGGUCGAAAGCAGUGAUUAGGGGUACGCCCAGCUCCUGGGGACUUACCCAUCAUCGUCUAUAAGCUAGCAAGAGCGGCUUAGGACUGGUCCAUUCGCGACAAGCUAGUUGGUCGUGCUCUUGUGAGCGGGCAGAAACGCCAACCGACACCAUCAUUGGCCGGUUGGUAUCAAAGUCUGCUAGGCGCCUAAGUGCUCUUGUCUAAUUUCGGUCUAGCUGAAUCUUUUCGAAGUGUAGAGUCAUCUUUGAAUUGGAGCUUGGUCACACCAAUGUGGUCAAGCUGGUCAAGUAGUGACUUCACCUGAAUCGACUUUUGAAAUUCCUCGAUAGGUGGUCCGGUCAAGUGUAGCUUUGAAUCGGGAGGGCGAUAGGAUUGCUAUCAAACUUGAACAAAGUAAAUUGCUCA